AUGGAUUUGACACUCGGCGAUGCCAAAUUAGCCGAUCUAGCCAUCAAGGGUGUGCUCACCCUCUAUGUUGUGCCGCGACAGUCGUCGGUUGAAGAUAAGAACUUGCAAGGCAAGGACGGCAUGUUCACCGCCGCCUCACACUGGGAGCUGCCAUCUCAAACCCAGUCCCCACGGGCAAUGGCGGCGGUGUUGGCAUCACUUCGUGUUUUUGCUCACAUCAUUGGUUCUGAAGAAUACGAUGACGUCCGCCAGAAUGAGAUCCUUCGUGUGGUGCAUCUCCUUACUCGAUUUCCUCCGACUGUCCGUGCCGUACAUAUCUUGAUGGAUGGGAAAACACUACAGGCCAACGAAAGCGCUGCGUUGGUUCAGAGUCUUGGAGCUGUUGCUGAAGAACUGAUUCCUAUGGCUCUUAUCUCGAAUGAUAUGACACGUUGCCUGGAAGGUGCCAGACUGGUUCUCGGCUUGAUCCUCCAUCGAGCUGAGGUGCAUCUGGCCAAACAAAUCGGAGCCGCAGAUGGCCGUUUAACAAAUCCUAAACUUCCAUACAUCACCGCAUACCGCACUAUCGACUUGAGAGAUAUCAAGACAAUGGAGCCAAUUACCGAGCCAGCGUUGACAAAUCUGGGCUUGGUCAACAAAAGCGUGUUCAAUGCUUUCUCCUCUUCAGAUAUUCUCAGAGAUAGUCCUGCUUGCUAUCUCACUCGUUGUGACGACAGUGAUGAACAGCGUCUCCGUGUGAGCUUACUAUAUGGAGGGGCGACUCUUGAAGCCUCCUUCUACGAAGCGAAUGCCUUAGGAGAGGCAUUUCACCAAGGUGCUAGCUCCGAUAACCUUAGCGUCGCCCUCGAUCUCAAAUCUUACUCCAUGGAUAUUCAGUACCUCGCAUCGAUGUGUGGAGAAACAAAACUUGUCGUUGUUGCUCCCCGUCAACUCUCGGGUGCAACGACUCCGAGUCUAACCUUAGAUCGAUAUGGCAAGAUGGCAGUUUACACUGGUCGCGCCGCAUGUGCCGCACCAGGUCAAGAUCAUUCAGUGUUCCACCCGCUAACAGGAGACGAUGAGACCGUGGAUGUGAAUAUCAUUGCUCAAAAUCUGGAACCAAUCAUCAAGGCCCGUGAGUUGGAUGGUACAAACGUCUUCGAUCUGUUUAGCCCUGCGUUUCGCCGUAAGGAUGCCGCCCUCCCCACGGAAUUAAUUGUCUUCUGCGUGGACUGCAGCUAUAGCAUGAAAAGCUCUUCUGAUUUCGCAGAGCUCAAUGACGAUGACUCUGCACCAGGUCCAUCAGAGUCGAGUGAGAAGCCUGAUUUGGACCUAGUUCUCGAAGACGAAGACGAUUCUAGUGUUACAUUGGAUGAGGUCAAGACUUGGCUGAAAUCCCACGAGUCGUAUGAGGACAUCCUUGAGAUUGUUUACUUUGACCGUGGCUUCAAUAAGUUGCAAGCAGCCAAAGAAGUCAUUACAUUUCUCCGCACGCUCACUGGCCGCCACCUUACACAUCUUGCUCAGAAACAGAAAAGCGUCUCCCGUUGGGCGACGUACACAUAUUCACGUAAAGCGUCAACACAAGAGCUAAGCAGAACGAGAAGAGUUUUCACAGGCUUGAGCAUUCAUGAAGAAUCACUGGCACAUUUCCUCGCCUUCACCGUUGGAAGUCCUGAUUUUGCUGCAAAGGAUUUUAGCUGGAAUUAUGGUGACCCCAUCCCACAAACUGCGAAGAAGGUCCCGGGGAGCGCUGUCGACCUGGGACAAUUCUACAUUAUUCCCGAAGAAUACUUAUGCUCCAUUAGCCAGCAUGUUUUCGAGGAUCCUGUGAGAACUGUCGAUGGGUUUACGUUUGAUCGAAAAGCGAUUGAAAGAUGGUAUCGUAUUCGAAAAACUUCUCCUUUGACAGGAUUAGCUAUCCAGGACACAACACUCCGGCACAACGAGUUGUUGGCAAAUCAAAUCAAGGCGUGGGUAAAAGCUGACGAUGUUAUUCAAUCCUUGCCGUCCACACCCAAACGAACUCGACUCGGUAUUCGCCAAACAAAGGCAGUAAUCGAAUUUGUUGCCCCAGGCGUCCGCUUCGCGAGAGAAGUACCUGCGACCGCAUCUCUCUUGGAUCUGCACAAGAUUGCAUUCCGAGGUAUGCGCGGCAUGUACGCUGAUUUUGCUUUAUACAUGGGUAGUGUACGUUUGAUCUGUUGUGAAGAAAACAUAGCUGCCAAGGGGGUGAUGGGGAAUCAAACCAUCACGAUUGUUCCAAACCAUGACCCUCAAGAUAUCACCUCUGCAAAUGCAGCGGUUGAUGAUAUGUGCCUUGUCCAAGUAUAUGCAAGCCAUAGCCCUGCGGUGCUGAGGUUCAACUACUGGAUCCCCACUCACUCGCAGCUCACGAUCGGCUCAAUCUUGUUCCGUCAGUGGAGGUAUGACCAGAAAACGAGAUACAGGGGAUCCAAGCUAGACAAGACUGUUUGGAGCGAUCUCAAGGACGGUGGGGAUGGAAUUUGUUUUGGAUCUACGCACACCCAUUGGUCAAGCUUAUCGAAAGUAGCUGCGGAACUCCCACGCGUACGCAUUCGAGAGGAUGAACCAUUGUACGAACGUCUAAAAGAUUUGGCAACUAAGAAGGACACCGACUCGUUGAUGGAUUUACUGGAAGCUAGCAACGAAGACCCUGCCAGUAGCGACCAGUAUGGCCGCCAUCGAGUUUUGAAGAUUCGUCUUUACGACUAUGUCGACCCAAAGAGCAGUGACAAAGCAAAAGCCACGAAGCAGAAGAUUCUGUCCAGAAUGUCUGUUACUAAGCAAGUCUUUAGUGCGUUUAUCAAUCGACUUAUUGCCUAUAAUUUCCCAACGAACGUGGGACUGGUGACCUUUGGCACGACAGCUAGAGUGUCUCAGGAUGUGACAGAUGUGAUAGAGAACUUCAGGCAGGCUGUGGAGAAAAUGGAGCCGGAGGGUGACACAGCCUUAUGGGAUGCUCUUGGGCUGGCAGCUGACCAUCUUGUGGAUGUUGCUAAACGCUAUCCAAGCAUCAAAAAGAGAGUUAUCUGCCUUUCCGAUGGGGAAGAUACCUCGUCAAUCAAAGCUGUUGGAGAUGUGGUGCGGAUGCUGAUGCGGCACGAUAUAGUUGUUGAUUCUGUGUGCAUCGGUGAUGAGGAUAACUCAGCUUUGAGGACCGUCUCAUAUUGUACCGGCGGGUACCGGUUCGUUCCCAACACGAUUGAGGAAGCUUCUGUACUGUGUGAGCUGGAACCAGUCCUAUCGAUUUACGAACGACCAAUCGUAUCUCGACAAUCACUAUUCUUCCUGACCAAUUUUUCACAACUCAGCUAUCGAGCUAAGCCUAACCCUGUUACGCGAGAUGAGUUCCCUGCACGAAGAACACACGACAAUUUGAGGGACACAUUUGUUCAGAUUGGGCAGUUCGAGAGGAUUGCCACCCAACAACUGUCACAGUCAUCGAUUGCUGCAACGACCUCGAUUCGUUCAAGAAGACUACUUUUGGAGAUUCGUGACAUUGCUGCUCAUCCCCACCCCUCUUACGAUGUGUAUGUCUCCGAGACCAACAUUGGAUUUUGGAAAGUGGUACUUGAAGGUCCGAAUCACUCUGCAUAUGCAUCAGGAGUUUUUGUCAUGUAUCUUGCCAUGGAGGAUGAGUAUCCUCGACGCCCUCCACAAGGCCGUUUUGUCACCCCAGUGUUUCAUCCAAAUGUAAAUAGACAUGGCCGAAUAUGCCAUUCGAUCUUCGACCGCAAUUGGACCGUCGACACGACCAACAAACAAAUCCUCGACACCGUCUUCGGGCUCCUACUUGUCCCCGAGUUCAGUGACCCUAUCAAUACUGUUGUCACAUUGAACUACUACUGGGACGAAGUCGCUUUCAAGGACGAGGUGCAAAAGCAUAUCUGCAAGUACGCGAACAAAUCCAGGCGGGUGCUCGGCGCCGAGAUCCUGGGAGAGGGUAGCAGCAACUCAGAGAAUGCAACUACAAACAGCAGGGACAGUGGCGGUGCUCCUGCACCGAGAGGGAACCAAGACACCAAUGCACGAGAGUCUUUUGGCACGGGCUAG